AUGACCGGAUCCGAGAUCGGUCAGGUCCCGCAUCGGAAUUUUCCCCCAGAAUGCGAUUCAGUGAAAGCUUCAUUGAAUUACUCUUCUCUUCUCGCAAUUGUUCACGCAGUCAUCAUGAGGGCUGGGCUUCUCAAGAGUAGCAGGUCUGCUGUCAGGGUAUGUGCACUUAUCCCUCAACUGCGUGGUGCUGCUAAUUGACCCCUCCACCCCAGAGUUCGCACCUGGCAAACAUCCUCAGACCGCGAUGCGCUCGAGCUCUUGCAACCAUCACGAAUGCCCCCUCGCACGAAUAUAAACCAGAUAUCGAACUACGAACUCCUCCAUAUCCAAAGUUAUUGAAAAGACUCGAAGAAGUCCGACGAGUUUUGGGGAAUGAAAGGCAGCUUACGCUCGCUGAGAAGAUUCUAUACUCGCAUCUGGACAACCCCGAAGAAGCGCUGCUUUCCAAUACCGACAAUGGACUCAACAUUCGAGGAAAUGCCACUCUCAAACUCAAACCAGAUCGAGUGGCCAUGCAAGAUGCCUCUGCGCAGAUGGCACUGCUUCAAUUUAUAACCUGCAACCUACCUUCGACUUCUGUGCCAGCCAGUAUCCAUUGCGACCAUAUGAUUGUGGGAGAGCGGGGUGCCGAUGUGGAUCUGCCAGAAUCGAUCAAGGGAAACAAGGAGGUCUUCGACUUUUUGGAGUCUGCGGCUAAGAAAUAUGGCAUUGAGUUCUGGCCCCCCGGUGCUGGAAUCAUUCAUCAAACGGUUUUGGAAAAUUAUUCUGCGCCGGGAUUGAUGAUGCUUGGAACGGACAGUCAUACUCCUAAUGCUGGUGGACUUGGGGCUAUUGCUAUUGGCGUUGGUGGUGCAGAUGCGGUUGAUGCUCUUGUAGAUUUCCCAUGGGAACUGAAAGCACCUAAAGUCUUGGGAGUUCGAUUAGAAGGACAAUUGAGUGGUUGGGCGUCGCCAAAGGAUGUCAUUCUGUAUCUUGCAGGAAAAUUGACAGUCCGAGGUGGUACUGGCUUCAUCAUUGAAUACCACGGUCCUGGUGUUGAGACUUUGAGCUGUACUGGUAUGGCUACGAUAUGUAACAUGGGAGCAGAAGUUGGUGCUACAACAUCCAUUUUCCCAUUUUCACCUGGUCACAUUCCAUACCUCGAGUCAACAGGCAGAGCUUCUGUAGCCCAACAAGCCCAAGCCAUUGCAGGUGCUGCUUCUAUUCGAAACCUUCUCCGGGCUGACAAAAAUGCCCAUUAUGACGAGCUCAUCACAAUUGAUCUAUCAAAAUUGGAGCCUCAUGUCAAUGGACCAAAUACCCCCGAUUUAUCGACACCUCUUUCCCAAUUCGCUGGAGCUGUAGCCAAGAAUGACUGGCCCACUACCGUAUCCGCAGGACUGAUUGGGAGUUGCACAAACAGCUCCUACCAGGAUAUGGCUCGCGCUGAAGAUCUUGUCAAGCAAGCAUCAGCAGCCGGGCUUGCUCCGGUUAACGACUUUUUCGUAACACCAGGUAGUGAGCAGAUUAGAGCUACUCUUGAUCGUGAUCAAACACUUUCUACUUUUGAGAAGGCUGGGGGUGUCGUUCUUGCCAAUGCGUGUGGUCCAUGGUAUGAUACGUUUUCCUGAGAACGAUCAUUCCAGUGCUAAUCUACAAAAUAGUAUUGGACAGUGGAAACGUACUGAUGGUGUCUCAAACGGCGACAAAAAUGCCAUUUUUACAUCCUACAACAGGAAUUUCCGCGGUCGAAAUGAUGGCAACCCAGACACCAUGAACUUUCUGGCCAGUCCGGAAAUCGUGACUGCAAUGUCAUACGCUGGAAGCACUACUUUCAACCCUUUGACAGACAGCAUCACCACGCCUACAGGUAAAUCAUUCCGAUUUUCUCCCCCAACCGGCGCCGAACUCCCACCAGCGGGGUUCGAAAUUGGAAACCCAGAUUUCCUUCCUACAGCAGGAGCCCCAUCCCCAUCCACCCCCGUCAUCGUAUCUCCCAAAUCAGACCGUCUCGCCCUCCUCGAACCUUUCGCUCCAUUCCCAUCAGGUGACCUCUCCGGGCUUCGCGUGCUCUACAAGGUAACUGGAAAAUGCACAACCGAUACCAUCUCCGCCGCCGGUCCAUGGUUAAAAUACAAAGGUCAUCUCCCAAACAUCAGUACCAACACCCUCAUUGGUGCCACCAACGCCGCGACGGGGGAAGUCAACGUAGCCUAUGACAUCGACGGAUCCACAUCGGGAAUUCCAGAACUCGCGCAGAAAUGGAAAGACCAAGGGCUUGAGUGGCUGGUUGUCGCAGAACACAACUACGGCGAGGGCUCAGCGCGUGAACAUGCCGCACUACAACCGAGGUACCUGGGUGGAAGGGUGAUUCUAGCCAAGAGCUUUGCCAGAAUCCACGAGACGAAUCUUAAGAAGCAGGGUGUCGUGCCGUUAAUGUUUGCCAAUGAGGGGGAUUAUGAUUUGAUAGAGGCGUGUGAUGAGGUCGAGACAGUGGGUCUUUACGAUGUGCUUAAAGCUGGUGGGAGAGGAAGUGUCAGUUUGAAGGUCACGAAGAGGGGCACCGACGAUGUCGUGGAGAUCCAGACGAAGCAUACGCUUAGUGAGGAUCAGUGUCGGUUUGUGCUGGCGGGGAGUGCGCUGAAUUUGUUGGCUAAGAUGAAGAGGAGUUGAGUGAUCUUAUCUACGUCUUGAGAUGGAUUUUUCGUAAGCGAGGAUACUGUAAGGAUCUGGAAUGUAUUUUAUAUGGUAGAAUCCUGGC